AUGGACGUAGACAACAACAAGCACGGACGGGAGGGCCAGGACACUGGCGAUGCGACGGGAGAUGCAUCGCACAAGAAGAUUAAAUUGGGCGAUUUGGAAAAGGAGCUUAGAGAUUGGACACUGUUCGAGCUCUUUGAUGGGCUGACAAAGCUAUCUGCUCAAGAGGAUGAGGACGACCUUCUCGAGAUCGUUCGCGAGAUCAGAAAGCGACUUGCUGGACCCUCCGGCCUGCACAUCCUCCUCUCCGACCAGGUCAAGCCAUUCCUCACGGGCGGUCUCACUGCUGCGCUCCCGGCCGUUCGCGAGCUCACCCUCGCCCAGCUGGCACGCACAGCCUCGGCGGGUCCUCAAGGCUUUGCUCUGCUGACGGAGGUGUGGCCGGCCAUCGUCAAGUCAGUGGCGGAUAGCAAUCUGCGGGUGGCCACCAUCGCAGUGCAGACCAUUCUCACAGUGGCCAAGGAGGCCGUGGGCCAAGAGCUUGUCUUCAGCUCGACUUCCUCUUCCAUGUUCAACGGCAUGAUCAUAGAGAGCGAGGUCCUGCGCCUGCGCGUCCUGGACCUCUUUGUUGAACUGUCCCUUCAGUCAGCGGAGCUGCUCGAGCGAUCGAAAGACUACCUGGGGCUCAUGAGCCGCGAGCUCGACUCCAAGGACCUCCUGCAGCGCAUGAACGUACUCGAGCUCCUGGAGAAGCUGGCCAAGACCGAGCACGGCGUGGCCUACGUCCAGAGCUCGGGCGCCAUGGCGUCCAUCCUCCACCUGCUCACCGACACGGAAGACCCCGGCUUCUCGCUGCUGUGUGGCAGCGCGCUGCGUCUCCUCGCGUCCAUUGCCCGACAGCAGGGAAUAGGAGGGGACCUCCAGUCUUUCGUACCUGUGCUCAAGGUCGUCGAGCAACUGUUGGAGAGCCGAGACGAAUCCUGUGCGGAGGCGGCCAUCAGCUUCGUGGGCGCGCUGGGAAGCACCGUGGCGGGUGCGGAGCUGCUUCUGUCGAGGCGAGCCCUGGUGAAGAGCUGGUUCGAGCACCUGACCGCCACCGCCAUGCUCCUUCGUUUGUCCUGUCUCCACGCCCUUGCCGAGCUCCUCACGUGCCCAGAUCACGAGAAGACGCUGGAGAUCUUCAACGUGGAGGACAAGGGCUGGGACGGGUCGUCCAGCGGCGAGGUGAUGCGCACGUUCAUGAAGUUCCUGGACCAGCCCUUCCCCGACCUGCGCCACGCCACCUUCCACGCCGUGCAGGCCCUCGCCCGCCACCCGUGGGGCGUCAAGGCCCUCUUCGCCUACCCGGGCUUCCUCGAAUUCAUCGUCAACCGCGGCACGGAGACGACCAAGGAGGGCAAGGAGUGGAAGUACGCCAUCGUCGAAUCGAUAGUGAUGGGCGAGAAGCAGUACGACAACCGCGCGCGCGAGACGCUGGGCGAGGCGGCCUUCAACCAGCUUGUGACCUACCUCACCGAGGGCGUGCACUACGUCCAGGGCGAGCUUGCCACCAAGAUCGCCUCCAAGUCGGCGUAG